AUGAAGCACCGCAUCGCCUUCCGGAAGCUCAACCGCACGUCGUCUCAUCGCCAAGCGAUGCUGCGUACCAUGGUGACGCAGCUCAUUGAGCACGAACGUAUCCGGACAACGCUGCCCAAGGCCAAGGAACUCCGUCGAGUGGCUGAGAAAGCCGUGACGAUGGCCAAACAGAGCGACGAAUCGGCUCGUAAACGGGCGCAGAGUAUCGUGCGCACGCCGGAGGCCAUGACCAAACUCUUUGAGGUGGUGGGUCCUCGUUACGCUCUGCGGGAAGGCGGGUAUACGCGCAUUCUCAAGGCCGAUUUUCGGAAAGGAGAUGGGGCAGAGAUGGCGGUGAUUGAAUACGUGGAUCGACCGGGUGAGAUGCGCAAGGCCAAGCCGCCUACAGGCAUUGAAGCUGCUCGUGCGGUGUUUGAUGCUGAAGCGGAGCUUGUUUAG